AUGUUUCCGUUUGCUUGUGUUUCAGCUCCCAACUUCGUGAGCUCCAUGACGCAGGGAGAUUUCGUCUACUUCUUCUUCCGAGAAACUGCAGUGGAGUACAUCAAUUGUGGAAAGGCGGUGUACUCGCGCGUGGCGCGCGUGUGCAAGUACGACCGCGGAGGCCCGCAUCGCUUCCGCAACCGUUGGACCUCCUUCCUCAAGUCGCGCCUCAACUGCUCCGUGCAUGGCGACUUCCCCUUCUACUUCAACGAGAUACAGUCGACGACGGAGCUGAUCGAGGGCUCGUACGGCGAGACGACGGCGCAGCUGGUGUACGGCGUGUUCACGACGCCACCCAACAGCAUCAGCGGGUCCGCCGUGUGCGCCUUCGCCCUGCAGGACAUCACCGACACCUUCGAGGGCAACUUCAAGGAGCAGGCGCAGCUCAACUCCAACUGGCUGCCCGUGCAGAGCGUGAAGGUGAGACGUCAUGCCCCGCGCCACUGCGCACUCGCCGGUCCCAAAGAAAGUGAUGAUGAUGAUGAGGAUGAUGAUGAUGAUAAUGUUCCUGACCCCCGACCGGGCCAGUGUGUCAACGACUCCCGCACUCUGCCUGACCUGACCCUCAACUUUAUCAAGACGCACUCGCUCAUGGACGAGUCAGUGCCUUCUUUCUUCGGACAGCCCAUUGUUAUUCGCACCAGUUUUCAUUACAGAUUCACCCAGAUAGCAGUAGAUCCCCAAAUUAAAACACCUGGAGGCAAGCCUUAUGACGUUCUCUUCAUAGGAACAGACAAUGGCAAAGUCAUCAAAGCAGUGAAUGCAGAUUCUGCUGACAGCAAUACUGAAGUGAGUCCCGUUGUUAUUGAAGAAAUUCAAGUGUUUCCUCCUCAUGUAGCAGUACGCAACCUCAAAGUAGUGAGAGAUUCUUCAUUUGAUGAUGGACGACUAAUUGUCGUGAGCGACAGUGAGGUGCAGUCACUGCGUCUUCAUCGCUGUUAUAGCGACAAAAUUCUUUCUUGCAGUGAAUGUGUUGCACUUCAAGACCCAUAUUGUGCCUGGGACAAACAGUCCCAAAAGUGUCGCUCUGUAGGUGCUCCUCGAUGGAAUGAUGAGAAGUACUUUUAUCAGAGCAUUUCCAAAGGAGUCCAUUCUGCUUGCCCUGCCAGUAAAGUAAUGGGUAAAGAUGCUGGCAGUGUUGGAGGAUUGUCAUCAAACUAUCCCAAGUCAUUUAAUCAUGACUCUGGUCGUUCAAGCAAAGAUAUACAGGGUGGAGAAGUCAUUAACAUUAUGCAUGAUGAAGAAGAACACACAGGCCCAGAGGUCAGUGCGGCUGAUUCACCAAUGCCACAGUAUUCUGUGGAGACCUUAGCAAUGGCAGUUGUAGCUGGUUCAGUGGCAGCAUUGGUUGUUGGCUUUGUCACUGGCUAUCUAUGUGGUCGCAAAUGCCACAAAGAAGAAGAAGACAACCUCCCGUAUCCUGACACUGAGUAUGAGUAUUUUGAACAAAGGCAGACAGUAAACAGCCGACUGCAACCAGAACCAAAGCUGUUACCACAGGAAGAGGUGACCUACGCAGAACCAGUGUUGGUCCCCGCCCCAGGGCCGAACAAGCUGAACUCCCCCAAGAGCACCCUCCGGAAAGCACACAACGCCAACCACGCCGCCGAGACCCUCUUUCAGUUCUCCGACAACUACACCCCCCCUCCCCGCGACCCGUACGCGCAUCAACGAGGCCGAGACAACUUCGGCACCCUACGCUCCCAGCAAGGCGACGGCUACCGCGGCGGCGGCGGUGGUGGCGGAGGCGGCGGCGGCCGCGCCCCCCCGGGCAGCGCCGGCCUCGUGGGCGACGGUUUCGGCACAACGCGGUCCGUCAAGAAGGUGUACCUCUGAGAGGCAGGGGA